AUGGAUCUAUCAGCCUCUAUGGCUCAUAUCCUUGGAUCAGGUCAGCAGCUGCCGCAGCUAUAUGCUGCCUUAAAUUCUCACGAUUUAAACAACAGUCCUUCCCAAGCAAACACUCAAGUGCCUGCAAUGCCUGUUUCAAUCACAUGCAUAAAGCCAGAUCCUCCCGUUGGGCUCUCAAAGCAGUAUGAUCCAAUGAAUGGUAGUAAUGAGCAAAAGAAUGCUGAUGCAAGUGGAGUUCCCCCAACCAUUCCUCCAAGUAAAAAUAUCGCCAAAGUAGAAAUUCUGCCACAGUUGUCUAAUUUAGGAAAACAAAUUUAUGGUGAUUCUAUUAAGGGUGCCUCCUUAGAACUUAUCAUGAGUGACAAUCUAAUCCAUUUGCAGUCUGGUCAUAACACAAUGGUUUAUAACAAUGAAGAGGUAGCUAAGGAAAGGAAGAAUUCUCAAGAUGAUCUUAAAAGUACAAAAGAGAAUGGUCCACAAAGCAUGGACCAAGAUGGUAAAUCUGACGAUGCCAAACCAACAGGGGAUACAAAAGGGAUUUGUGCAUUUAUAUUUGCACUGGCUGAGUGUGUUAAGGAGCUUUUGAAACCAGCCUGGAAAACAAGGUUUAAAUCAAAAUUUCAAAAAUUCAAGAUUAAAUACUAUUCAUGUUCCAAUUUCUCCGCAUAA